GCAAGGAAACCACAGGAAGCCCGAGAGAAAGCCGGCUAUAAGCAGAGCUCACUCUCCUCAGGGAUGAAGGAAGGUGCAAAAUGCUCACUGUGGGAGUAACUGUGUCCACAGUUGCUGACUAAAGUUGAGGAAGUGUCCAUAUAGUCGAGUGCCAUCACACUUCAGGCACUCAGUGCUGUUCAGCAUUUUCCCAACACUCUCUCUCUCUCUCUCGUGCAACAUGGCUGUACUGCGCACUGUACAGAAACAUGUGGAGCCGGUGGUGUUUUGCGCUCAGAUGGCCAGCUCCUUCUUCGACACUGGUCUUCAAAUGGUGGUCAAACAACAAAGCAAAAACGUCACAAGACCCUCUGAUCCACACGAGGCCCAUAACGCCAUUGCCAACUUCUACAUGACUUUCAACAUGCUUACCAAGUUCAUCCCAAUCAUUCCUGCCCUCAUUUUGGCACGAUUUGGAGACAGGGGACACCGAAAAGUCCCCAUCAUAGUCCCUCUGGUAGGAUACUCUUUGUCCAGGGCUCUAUUAUUACUCGUCAUCUGGCUGGAUUGGAGGAUCGAGGUGAUGUAUGUGGCACCAGUGAUCCAUGGACUGUGUGGGGGCUUCUCGUCCUACUGGGCGGGCGUCAUGGCACUGGUUUCGAUUAGUACCAGUGAAGAAGAGCGCUCGCUCCGCAUCAUGCGCACAGAGCUUGUGUAUGGCAUCGCCGGCUUUCUGGGCAGCCUGGCCUCAGGUCACCUAUUCCAGCUGUACACCAUGGGGAUGAAGAAAGGUGUUCUGCUGGCUAGCAUGAGCGUGGCGCUGUACAUCUUCUGUCUCCUGUAUGCAACAUGUAUCCUAAAGGUGAGUCAGAUCACCUUGGAGCGGCGGGAAAGCACCAGCAGCGGCAUCAUCACCCACAACGGAUAUGACAGGACCAUCAUUGCACUGCUCUUUGUGAGUGGGAUCUUGUAUGAUGUAGCCGUUGCAGGGGGCGUAGAGAUCUUGUCCAUUUAUGUCCUGAAGGCGCCUCUGGAGUGGAGCGCCACGGAAGUGGGAUAUGGGAAUGCCGCCGGCUCCCUCAUCUUCAUAACCAGCUUCCUGGGCAUGAAGUUCUUCACCAGGUUUGCUGUGAGCGAUGCAAGCAUGAUAAUGAUAGGCAUGGUGUCAUUCAUGACCGGGAUCUACUUCAUGACCUUCGUCACCACCACUGCCAUGUACUUUUUAGCUCGUUCUAUCAUGUUGUUUGCGCUGAUCCCCAUGCCAACCAUUCGCUCCCUGCUGUCCAAGCAGGUUCGAGGAACAUCAUAUGGAAUGACCUUUAUAUGCCUCCAGCUGUCCUUCAGACUGGCUAGCUUAGCUACAACACCCAUCUACACUAAAAUCUAUGCGUCCACACUGGACACAUUCCCUGGGUUUGUCUUCACCUUAUCCAGUAUCAUCACUUUCAUCUCCAUUAUACCUAUAAGUGUUGUAGGCUGCCGUACUGCAAAGCAGGAGAACUAUGAAAGAAUUCAAGGGAACUAAUACUGUCCAACCACUAUCAGAAUGGAAGGCAGAAUGAGUGAACAACCUUGUUCUCUCACUAGCUCUGAAAACAUGUUGAUGCUGAACAGGUGCAGCUCUCUGUUCUCGCAACAAAUUUGUGUCUACUGAAGUUCAGUAGCAUUAUUGCAUUUUAUUUUUUACUCUGAUUUUAAUUUAAAGUAGACUUUGAAAUAGUCAGCUUCUAACUUGUGAGAUGUUUUUGUACUUCUCAGCUCUUAGUGUGCUGUAUGUUGUUACAUCAUUGUCAGUGUUACAUUUAGCUUUAUCUUACCAAGUCAUCACGUUGUGUAUAUGAUCACUGCAUAGGUGUUUACAUUGCCUUUAACUACAAUGAUGUUUAAUUUAUGAAUUUUGAUUUCAUGAAGAGACAGACCAUUUAAUAAUGGCAUUAAUAAUAAUAAUAUUUUUAGAUUCUUUUUUAAUUGUAUUUUAUGGGACGGAUGUGUGUCCCAUUAAUGUGCCUUUGCUUUUUUUAUAUGCAGUAAGUCUACAUAGUGUCAUUUUCACUGAAGAUAUUGUACUAAAAGGUUCAUGUGAUAAAAUGAACUGAAAUAUUCACUGGAUUACAGUAAAGAGCACAGACUUUUAAAACAUGUCAAAUCUAUCCC